UGAGGUGGCAAGCUCAAGCAGCUUGCACUCCCCGCAGCUCCUAGCUGUCUACCCGGGUUGCGGAGCCUCUCCAGGUCCCAGCAGCUGCAACCCCCAGGUCGCACGCCGCCGCGCCCCGCCCCAUCGUCCCCGCAGCCUCGCGGGCUGCUGGGCUUUGUGGUUCGCCCGUGCUGCUGGGCCCCUGCUGGGGGUGUCGUCAGGAGCAUGUGCAGACAGCAGCCCAAGCCUUCAGGAUAAUUCCUUCGGCAGCGCCGCUGUAACUGAGUGUGAGGAAGAUACGGUCUCUCUGCAUGAAGACGAGGACGACUGCUCUGGGCUCAGAGAUGAAAACAAUAAAGAGAACUAUCCACAGGUGGGGGCUCGACUAGACGAGCUUGCUCCGCCCUUGCACGAGGCCCAGCAGCAUGUGGAACAGACCCUGCUGGUGGAUGGCGUGCUGAGACCCAGCAUGGGUAACUUCAAGUCCCGGAAACCCAAGUCCAUCCUCAGAACCGAGAGUGGCCGGAACCACGGAGAAAGCCAGGAGACAGAGCAUGUGGUGCCCAGCCAGUCAGAGUGCCAGGGUGGAGCGGGGUCACCGGCUCAUGAGAGUCCACAAAAUAGCAUCUUCAGGUGCCAGGAGACGGUGCGACUUCAGCCAAGAGUAGACCAGAGGGCUGCCAUUUGGCCAAAGGAUGCUUUGGGAACUCAGCAGGACUUCCAUGAGAAUUCCUUGCUGAAGCUCCAAGCCCUCGAGUCUGAUCUGUGCCCCGCGUUUCUGACGGGCCAGGAAGAAGAUGGCCAGGUGCACGGAGUUAAGGACCCAGCCCCAGCUUCCACCCAGAGCGUGCCUGCGGACAACGUGGAUUCUGCAGACCCUGUGCCAACUCAUAAAGAUGCGCAGAGUGACGCCGAUGGAACGCCAGAAGACCUCCAGUCUGCAGGCACCAGCAGGCUGCUCUAUCACAUCACCGAUGGUGAUAAUCCGCUGCUGUCACCACGAUGCUCCAUCUUUAGCCAAAGUCAGAGGUUCAACUUGGACCCUGAGUCAGCCCCUUCUCCACCCAGCAGCCAGCAGUUUAUGAUGCCAAGAAGCUCUUCUCGAUGCAGUGGCGGGGAUGGCAAGGAGCCCCAGACCAUCACACAGCUCACUAAGCACAUCCAGAGCCUCAAGAGGAAGAUUCGGAAGUUUGAAGAAAAAUUUGAACAAGAAAAGAAAUACCGGCCCUCACACGGGGACAAGACUUCGAACCCUGAGGUUCUGAAAUGGAUGAAUGAUUUGGCUAAAGGACGCAAACAGCUCAAAGAACUGAAGCUCAAGCUGUCGGAAGAGCAAGGGGGCACUCCCAAAGGCCCUGGGAGAAACCCGUCCUGUGAACAGCCUCCAGGGCCCAGAGAAAAUGGCAAGUUGGAAGCUGUGGGGCCCGAGCCAAGCUCCUCUGGAGAGGAGACUUCAGACGCGGUGAUGAUGGAGAGGAGAGAACAGGUUCCUCCCCAGGACGAUGUGAAGGUAACUAAGCAAGACAAGAACCUCAUAAAGCCUCUUUAUGACCGAUGCAGAAUUAUCAAGCAGAUCUUGUCAACACCGUCCCUGAUCCCAACAAUUCAGGAGGAAGAGGACUCUGAUGAAGACUGUCCACAGAGAAGCCAACAAACUUCUUUACCAGAUCCAGUGUCCCGUCUUCCUGUUGGUGAUCACCUCACCUACUCUGAGACAGAGCCUAUGAGGACCCUGCUACCAGAUGAAAAGAAAGAAGGGAAGCAACCAGCUCUCUCCAUGUCCAACUUACACGAGGCCACCAUGCCAGUCCUUCUUGACCAUCUCCGAGAAACUAGAGCUGACAAGAAGAGGCUACGGAAAGCCCUGAGAGAAUUUGAAGAACAAUUUUUUAAACAGACGGGAAGAAGUCCCCAGAAGGAAGACAGGAUGCCAAUGGCAGACGAGUACUAUGAAUACAAGCACAUAAAAGCCAAACUGAGACUAUUAGAGGUCCUCAUCAGCAAACAGGAUGUGGCCAAAACUAUUUGAGGUUUGGCUCUGAUCACUUCCACCCAAGAUAAAGUCAAGUUUAUUUUCCUCUACUGUUCUUGCUAAGUAGUUUUGAUGUACUGAAAACAAAGCACUUUAGAGAUAGUAUUAGCUGUUUUUACAAAGGAAGAGAUAGUGUAAUUAUACACAUAAGAAGGGAUUUCAAUAGGGAAAUAACAGGUAAUAUUGGGAUCAGCAAAAACAUUAAGCCUACUCCAUACCAAACUGAAAUCCAUAGUCAAAUGUAAUUGUUUAAAAAAAAAAAAAACCAAAACACUAAUACCUUGUCAAACCUAAACCUAAAA